AUGAUUUUUGAAAGAAAAGUUUUUUUAUUAACAAACAAGCAAAAGAUAUUUAUUUCUGAUAUUUAAAACUUUUCAAUUUAUAUUAUUUAUUUAUUAAUAAUUAUGUACUAAUUUACUUAAGAAGACCAAAAGCCUUACAUUCAUAUUUUUUGUGAAUGUGGUAGAAAGUUUAAAAGGGAAGAGCUAUAUUGUUGUGUAUCAUGCUCAAAAAUUUAAUGCAGAUUCUGCACAUAGGUGCAAGUCCAUUCUUAUUUUUGCAGAAAUUGUCUGCACUCAACAAACCUUAGCGAAGUUACUAUUCGCUAUCAUUGCUAAAAUUGUUUUGAAUGUCCUCUUUGUCGCCAUACCUUAACAGAAAUGAAAGAAUAAUCAACUGAAAAAGUGUAUCUUUACUGUUAGUUUUGUUCAUGGAAUUCCAUUUCAAUUAACUUCAUUGAAGAGAAAUCAAAAGAUCUGGCUAAUAAAUGCAUUGUAAAAAUGAAAGAAAAGGCUGAUCCUUAGCAAAAGCAUUUUUAAAAAAUCCUCUCUAAAUAUAAAGAAUUGCAAAUGCAAAUUGAAAAAGAAAGGAAGAUUAAAAUGAAUCCUAAAAUAGGAAAGAAAAUGAACUUCUCAAAUUAUUUUGGAAGUCCUCAAAUAGAUUAAUUGACUAAAAACUGGUCCUUUGAUAAAUUCAAUGAAUAGUAAAAAGCUAAAGAAGAAGAAGUUAGCAAUUAAAUGUAUAAUAUUGAUUUGAAGGGAUUAAUGACAUAUAAACUAAUCAAAGAAGAAGAAUAAGAAGGCCCUCAAAACCCUGAAAACCUUGCCUAAAACCUUGAAAAUUUUUACUGUGAAGAUUUUGAUUCACUGCAAGAAGAGCUAAAUAGUUUUGUUAAUUUGAAAAAUUAUGAACUCUUGACAACUAGCGAAGAUUGCUUGAAAUAUCCUCUUCUUCAGCCAAAACACAAAGCAGGAAUGGUUCCAAUUCCUGUUUAGCUUCAAUCUCGUAAAAUUAGAACUUGUUGUGACUGCAAAAAGAUAAUUAUAAAACCAGACGCGAAUCAUACUUAUACAACUGAAUUUAAGCUUGCUUUCUUUUUAUAUGAAUACUGUCCUUUGAUCCAUAUACGAAAAAUUCACUAUAACAAAGUUAGUGAUGAAUUUUCAGUUGUUUUAGUUAUGGAAAAUGAGAGCGAAUAAUACACCAUGAAUGUCUAAUUAGACAACUUGGAGGAGGACUUUGAGUUCGCUUAAAUUCAUAAUUAUUAAAAUCAUGAUUAUUACUAGCUUAUUGUUUUAAGAAAGGAAAGGGUUGAAAUGAAGGUUGUUGACUUUUUAGACAUAAACAAAUCUUAAUCAACUAGUUCUGGUACUACUUAGCAACUGUUUGAAUUUAUUCUAAAGCUCAAGAAAGAUAAACCUUAAGGAAUAGACGUCAAGUUUGGAUUCUAAAUGUACUUAGAUGUCGAAUAUGAAAGUGAUAAAAGUUAUAGCUUUGUAUUUCCAGUUGUUAUAAAUCUAGGAAAACUUCUAGAUUAAAUUUGA